AUGAAACAGGAAAAAAAUUGAUCAUGAUGAUGAUGGCUUAUUAGACCAUUGAGAAUUUUCAACACUGUAGCAACAACAAAGCAAAAAGAGCAAAAAGAUGGCCAACAUUCAUAUAAUAUUUCAUUCAUUUUCUAUUACAAUUUUUAGCUUUUUAUUAUUGAUAAAUGUACAGCGGAUUAAAUCAUCGGUAAUGAUGGCCGAUUCUGAACAACAAUCAAACACAGCAGCUAUUAAUAAAACUACAAAACUUAAAAGUGGUUAUUAUAUUCCGGUUGUUGGUUUAGGUACAUCAAGAAUUGCAUCGACCGAUGAACUUGUUGUUCAAGCAAUCAAAGAUGCAAUCGAUGUUGGUUAUCGUCAUAUUGAUACGGCCGAUUUCUAUCAAAAUGAAAAGGCCAUCGGACAAGCAUUGGAUGAACUUAUACGUGAUGGAAAAAUAAAACGAAAUGAAUUGUUCAUUACAACAAAAGUUUGGAGCAAUUAUCAUACAAAAGAAUUAGCUCUACAAUCGGUUCGUCAAUCAUUAACUAAUCUUCGUCUUGAUUAUUUGGAUUUAGUUUUAAUACAUUGGCCAAUGUCAUUCAAAUCCGGUAGCGAUUUGGUACCAAAAUUUCCAAAUGAUACAAUUAUCGGAAGUGAUUUAAGUAAAGAAAAUUUUGAAUUAGCAUAUCAAGGUUUGGAAGAUGCUUGUGAUCAAAAUCUUACACGUUCAAUUGGUGUAUCUAAUUUCAAUAUUAAACAAUUGGAAAAACUUUUAUCAGUCGAAAAUCGUCGACAUAAACCGGUUGUAAAUCAAGUUGAAUGUCAUCCACAUUUAAAUCAAGAAAAAUUAUUGGAAUAUUGUUGUAAUAAUAGUAUAUAUUUGGUUGCAUAUUCACCAUUACGUCGUGCAAAUGUAGCAUUGUUUGAUGAACCAAAAUUAAAACAAAUUGCUUUGGAACAUAAUCGUACAAUUGCACAAAUUAUUCUACGUUGGCAAUUACAACGACAUGUUAUUGUUAUACCAAGAACGGGUAAAAAACAUCGUAUGUUAGAAAAUAUUUCCUUAUUUGAUUUUCAUCUAAAUCAAACGGAAAUGUCGACGAUAAAAUCAUUGGAUCGAAGUAAAAACAAUGAAGGAAGAGAAAUUAAAUUUGAUUCAGCAUCACAUUUACCCGAAUAUCCAUUUGUUGAUAAUUAAAGCAUUUUUAAAGUUUAAAAAA